AAGUCUGUCAGAAAAGAAAUAAGCAGCAAUUAUGUUCUGAUUCAAUAAUGAAGAUCACAAUUGUGUUGAAAGCUACUGAUCAUUAACAUUUAUAGGGAGUUACAGAGAGGAAGAGAGAGAAGAAAGGGAGAUCUCUACUAUCUCUUGUUGCUUUCUUCUUGAUCUGGGCUUUUGUAAAACAAUGGCAGUUUAGAAGCUAGUGACAGAGAUGGGGAAGGCAGGCAAGUGGUUAAGAAACUUCCUGACAGGAAAGAAAGAAAAAGAGAAAGAGAAAGAGAAAGAGAGAGAGAAGAAUACAAGCAAUCAGCAAAUAUCUCUUGGAGCUGAAAAUCCAACAACACCCAUUACAAUCCCACCGACAACUCCCAAAGAAAAACGGAGAUGGAGCUUCCGGAGAUCAUCAGCCACAGCACCGGGUCAAAAGGACACGAACUCUACAGACACCAUUGCCACAAUACCGCCUUCACAGGCGGUUUUUGAAGCAGAGAAUGACCAGAAGAAGCAUGCCUUGGCAGUUGCGGCAGCCACGGCUGCCGCUGCGGAUGCAGCCGUGGCUGCAGCACAGGCGGCUGCGGCCAUGAUCCGUCUAACUGUGGCAGCGACUGAGAGAGCCAAUGCAGUAGAAGAAGCUGCGGCCAUAAAGAUUCAGUCUGUCUUUCGUGCUCAUCUGGCAAGAAAAGCUCUGAAUGCAUUGAAAGGACUGGUGAAGUUGCAGGCACUAGUAAGGGGUCAUCUGGUGAGAAAACAGGCCACAAUGACACUCCGGUGCAUGCAGGCAUUGGUAACAGUUCAGGCUCGAGCUAGAGCUCAAAGAAUCCGGAUGGCUGAAGAAGUAAACCCCUAUAGCCAGAGGCAAUUUAAUCACAGAAAAUCCACACAGGACAAUAGGUUCAAGCACUCUCAUUAUGACUUCGAUAGGGGUAUGGAGGAGAACAUUAAGAUUGUGGAGAUGGAUCUUGGUGAUUCAAAGGGAAGUACAAAAAGCAGAAAUAGCUAUUCAAGCCAAGCACAAACAGAAAGAAUAGAGCAUAGAUUUUCCACACAUUCUGCACCCAAUCGAGCAUACCCAAAACCAGACCACCAACAGAUCUCACCAUCACCAUCAGCCAUAACUGACCUUAGCCCAAGAGCUUCCAGUGGCCAUUUUGAGGAAUUCUCCUUUGGCACAGCACAGAGCAGCCCUCAGUACUACUCUGCUAUGUCCAAACCCGAUCCUCAGGCUGAGUAUGCAGAAUCCCUCUACAAUGAGUAUCCAUUCUAUCCUAGUUAUAUGGCCAACACAGAAUCUUCAAGAGCAAAAGCCCGGUCACAAAGCGCGCCAAAGUCACGACCAGAUGCAUUUGAGAGGCAACCAAGCAGGCGGAGGCCAUCGAUAGAAGGAAGGAACGUUCCAAGGGCGGUGCGGAUGCAGCGAUCAUCUUCACAUGUUGGUUCUGCUGCUCAGAAUUACCAUUAUCCAUGGUCAAUCAAGCUGGAUAGAUCAUCUGUUUCGCUUAAAGACAGUGAAUGUGGAUCCACCAGCACGGUCCUAACCAACAACAAUUACUGCAAAUCUGUUGUUGGCUUUGAUAUUCAAGGGAAUAGGUUCUAGUCCAGUGUGCAACAAAAUAAAGUAUAUCAAAGGCUAAACAACUAAUACAAGAUUCGGGGGAAUGAUCAAGGCAGGGAAGUGCUGAAAGUAUAACCUGGCAAAUAAUUCUGACCUUUUUUUUUAUUUGUUUUUUCCUUUUUAUUUUGAUGUCUUGACUUGGGAGCAUUGUUUUGAAGCACCCUGUUUGAAGAGUUGGGGUUUCUGUGUUUUGUUCUUAUUUACUUGACUGCUGAAUUUAAACAGUGUUCCUAAGCCUACUGGAUUGCAAGCACUACAAGAAGUUUAUAGAGA